CCGGAUUUACUCGGACAGUGGGAGAAAAAAAGCUAGUUGCCAUGAAUUUUAGUUAGCUAGCCACCGACAGCUGUCACUACACUUUGGCUAAACCAUCAAUGUCAAGACACAAGAAGGAUUUUCGAAGUCUUGUGCUGCUUUUUUGUACAAAUAGGGGCACACCAGCUUCCCUGCUUAUCCAUUGUGAAUUGUCCAUCUGAGUGACUAGACCAGGGAACGUUGGCACCAUUGUGUGCCAGGCCAUUUCAAGACCCAGGGAAUCCAGAAUUCAGCAGACGAUGAACGGUCUGUCCAUCCGAGAGCUAUGCUGCCUGUUCUGCUGCCCCCCAUGCCCCAGCCGCAUUGCAGCCAAACUGGCUUUCCUGCCUCCAGAGCCCACCUAUGCCCUUUUGCCUGAUCCAGACCCAGGCUCUGGAGCCGGAGCCGCCACUGGAUCCAGCACUGCAGCUACUCUGCCAUCUCUUGGAGCCCCAGGACUGCGCUCCCGGCUGAGUGGAGGCAGUGGAGGAGACAGAGGAGGUGGAGGCUGUGGUAGCGGGGGUGGAGGGGGAGGGGGAAGUGGCGGCGAGGGCAGGUGGAAGCUGCAUCUGACAGAGAGAGCAGAGUUCCAGUAUUCCCAGAGAGAGCUGGACGUGACAGAUGUGUUCCUGACCAGGUCAAGCCGGGGGAACAGGGUUGGAUGCAUGUACAUUCGCUGUGCCCCCAAUGCCAGGUUUACAGUGUUGUUUUCCCAUGGUAAUGCCGUAGACCUGGGCCAGAUGAGUAGCUUCUACAUUGGCUUGGGCACACGCAUCAACUGCAACAUCUUCUCCUACGAUUACUCAGGCUAUGGUGUUAGCACUGGCAAGCCCUCCGAGAAGAACCUUUAUGCAGAUAUUGAUGCUGCAUGGCACGCCCUGCGCUCGCGGUAUGGAAUCAGCCCUGAGAACAUCAUCCUGUACGGGCAGAGUAUUGGCACUGUGCCCACGGUAGACCUUGCAUCCCGGUUUGAGUGUGCUGCUGUGGUCCUCCACUCCCCUCUCACCUCUGGCAUGAGGGUGGCGUUCCCUGACACAAAGAAGACAUACUGUUUCGAUGCUUUCCCAAACAUAGAGAAAGUGUCCAAGAUCCCGUCCCCGGUGCUGAUCAUCCAUGGUACGGAGGAUGAAGUGAUCGACUUCUCUCAUGGCCUAGCCCUGUUCGAGCGCUGUCCCAAGGCUGUGGAGCCCCUCUGGGUGGAGGGAGCUGGCCACAAUGACAUCGAGCUCUACAGCCAGUACCUGGAGAGGCUACGGCGCUUCAUCAACCAGGACCUGGCUGCACAGCACACCUGAAACCAACAGCUUAUCUGUGUUUGUAUAAAUGGAAGUGUGUGUGUGUGUGUGUGUGUGUGUGUGUGUGAGGGAGAGAAUUUGACUGAGUGAGUGAGAGAAAGCGGAUGUAAUCAUGUUUGCAAAUUGUGUCAUUUUUAAAACAGUGCUGUGUCUUUUGGACAGCACACAUUUGUGUUACUUUUCAGCACAUCGUAAGUUAAUUUGUUGUAUUAAAAUGUAUUGUCAUCAGCGUGUUGUGUUGAAAGCUAAAACAAAUGAUACUGUCUCAAAAAGAUACAGAUGCGUUUUAACAAUGGCAUCAUUUUUAGAGUGGUGUGUUAGAGAAUGUGUGCAAUUAUGGAUGUACGUGUUGAGUGUAUAUUCAUAUCUCCAUGGACCUGUGACACCUGAGUAAAGGGUGUGCAUGUUUGUGAGUGUGUGUGCGUGCGUGUGUGCGUGCGUGCGUGCGUGCGUGUGUGUGUGUGUGUGUGUGUGUGUGUGACAGGUCAGCAGACAAUUGAAGGACCUCCUGAUAAAGACAUUUAUCAGACCUUGGACGACUGCAUGUGGAGGAGGCAUAUGGAGACUUAUCAAACCUAAAAAAUUGGUGUUUAUGCACGGGUGCGUGUGUAUGUAUGAAGAAUACCUCCACAGCUUGACCAGUUUUCUCUCCAGAGGACAUUAGGAUUGGUCAAGUGUGUGCCCCCCACUCCCUGUUUACCUGAUAAUAAUGGACAUCCAUCUGACUGCCAGGGCAUUUCCUAUGUUGUUGUCCACCUAACACUAACUUACUCUCUGUUUGUGUGGUUUGGGGGCCCAUUUCCUUUCCUUUGCUGUCAGCUCAAGUGAAAGUUAAAGUGGAAAUACAGUGACUAGUCUGGAAAGCCAGCAUAGCUUGUAUGGCUGUUAUGUCUCAUAUUUUCCUCUCCCCUGUUUUCUGUCUUCACUCUUUGAAAAGAUCACAGAAUGUCCAACUUCCUCUUUAUUUCCUUAGGUCUGUACUGUAGCUUUAUCCUUUUAUUGUUCACAAAAUUGAAGAGGCAAGUUACCGUGAAUGAUUUUGGUUCCGCUGUGUUGCUUUUCCCCAUCUACCCUUUCAUUUUUUUCUGAACAACAAAGAGCUGGCGGAAAUGUUAGGAUUGAAAUGGAAGCAGGCCUUUGAGAGCCAUACUGAGGAUAUCUCUGCUUUUGUGGCUAUUUCUGUGGCAUUAUUGAAAAAAAGUUAAUGAAUUGUGGGUUUAACCUGGGUAAUAGGGAAGAUGAUUUCACUUGUAAAUUUCUAAGGUCAUAGCUAUGUGGUUGGGUUUACACGGAAGGCUAUAGUUCCUCAGUGUUUACUGAAGUAAAAAGUUUGGACCGACUGCACUGGCUCGGUAGCAGCAGGAAUAUAUGAGAAUACGUAAUCUGAUUUUUAAUUUGAAUCAAGUGUAAUAGUUGAGAAGAUCUUCGAAUAUUGUGUAAUCUCUUCUGGACGUAUAUGGAGCUAACUGCUCCAGUUGUUUUUUUUUUUUGUUUUUUUUUAGGAUAUAGAAGGUAAACUUUAGCACCUGUCAAGGUGGCUAGUCAGUUGAUUGAUGAAGCUUUUAUCUGAUACUUGUUUUUUUUUUUCCUUUGUUUUCAUUUGAUCAGGAUCCAUGUGUUCAGAGUAAUCAUCUCUUGCUUCAUCAGAAGGUCUCCUGUGUAAUGCUGAUGAAGAGGUUGACUUUUAGUCUUACAGAACAAUUUGUUUUCCUUUUUAAACAAGUCUUGUUGAAGUAGCACUCAUCACAAGGGUAAUGCAAGCUCUUGUUCACACUCGCCCUCAGCACAUCCUCUUAAAGGCUUUUGUGUUAAGGUAAUAAUUUGGAACGUGUGUACUGUAAUGUAGGGCCAUGGAUACAGUUUGUUUCAGAACCAUGUGAGUUCCAUGCUAGGGGUUUUUGACAAACUGUGUGUUUUAGAUACUCUGGUCUGAUAGGGUCCCAGGACACCACAUCAUGGCUGCUAGGUAUGUUAAACAUCUGUGGCCCUAAGGUGCAGGAGCUCUUUUAUGGGUGGCAGCACGCUUCAUGCCUGACCCAAGCCAUAUUUGAGCCUCUCACUGUUGGUGUGGUGCAGGUUCCACCACACACAAUUUUUGCACAUCAUCUCACACACACACACACACACACACACACACACACACAUAAACAUAUUAACACUACACAUGAACACAUACAUACAUGCAUAUAGUACAUGUACUGUAGUUUACAGUAUAUUGACACAUUUAUAUAUAUAUAUACUUAUAUAUAUAUAUAUAUAUUCAGAUCAAGCAUGACAAAAGCAGGUCUUAAGUUCAGCACUAUUGUACAAAGCAUCCAAAGUGUAUUAAGGGUAUACAAUGUAAGUUUGUGUGUCUGCUCUAGAGUUAUUGACUGUUUUCAACAGGCCAGCAUAAAGGAUACUAGCAUCCCAUUUUGAAAAACUAUAAACAGGCCCUUUGUGUAGACCUGAAAGCAAAACAGAUGAACUGGUGUCAUGGUAGAAAGCUAAUACCACCUUUCCAUGCAAUGGGGUAACACUGUGCCAUAUUGCUCACUCUUGUUCCAUUUGUUCAGAUCUACACAGCGUGCCCUGUGUGUAGGAGACCCAUCAGUUUCAGUGAUAGUGGCUGCAUAUUAUUAAAGGGAACUUGUACUGAACUAGCACUGAUCUGGACACUCCGUUUUGUGAGUACAAAUGGGUCUUAAUAUGUGGUGAAAAGGUCACCAAAACGCAAUCGCUGCCCGUCGUCAUUUUGAACAGGGAAUCUUUCCAUUCUCAUCCUGUGCUUUGUGUCUCUGAUACGUAGAUCAUGGAAAUGCCUACUGAGCCAGGGAUCUGAGCUGUCAAAACUGUCUGGAGAGAGGGAUCCUCUCUCUCCUCAUGUAGAAGUAGGCCUCAGUUUUUCCUGGAUAGGUCAUAUUAUCAGGGAAACCACUGGAUUCAACUGUCUUGGGGUCUGGUUUUAAAGAAGCAGGGUGGGAAUUUGCAGUUUUAUUGAUGCACCACUACGAUUUAAGUAUCUUCUGGCCCUGAAUGUUAAUUAACAGGGGUGGGGGUUCGGCAGUGAAAACUGUAUGCAUGUCCAUUGUGUUUGCUGAGCAAGUGAUGGGGUGGGAAUUUAGCUCUAUUAGUAUGUAUACAGUCUGAGGGAAAAGCUGAACUCAUGGCAUUGGAACAUUGAAGCGCUUUUUAAAAACAGGAUGUUUAUUUGAAUUUGUUUUUUUAUUACUGAUACUAACUGAUGUAUUGUCAUGAGUUUUGUGCUAGAGUUUGAGUGGGGCAAUUGUGGGUGGGGGGCUAGACAUGAGUGGGUUGUUUAUAUGGUUACUGUACUUACCUAUUCUAUUCUUUGUUUGUAUUAUGAUUUGUAAUUUUAUGUUGCUGUUUUUUGAACUGAGAAUAUGAUGUAAUGAAAUUAAUUCAUGGGACUGAAUCUUGACCUUUUUAUUGACAACAGAAAAUAAUAAAAGAUCACUUAUGUACAAAAUUGUCAAACUGACAUGUUGAAUUAACACACAAUUCAGCGACUUAACACAGUUACAUUUCCAUUUUUGGACAGUGCAUGACUUAAUAAGAUUGUGCAUAAGAUCUAAAAAUAAUAACCAGGAAGUUUUUAGUAUACUUGAAUCACACAGUGACAUAUGCUGUUUUUGGAUGAGUCUGAUGAGUGAUUCAGUUUGCCAGUAACAGGUUUUGUAGUAGAAGCGUAUCCGAUGUCCGUCCUUCUGUGAGAGUUGGAAUAAAAGCCCUUUUCAUGACAAAAUUUCAAAACAAACAAAUAAGAAUUCUCAAGUAGUAGCAUAUUCCAUUAUUACAUUUAACUCAGA